AUGACAAGAACUCAUUUCCAAGCCUUUGAUCGAGCCCCGCUUGUGCCUUUACCCGAUACACUGGCGGUAGCACAUAGUGCUGCGGCAAUCUUGGGUACGGAACCUGAUACCAUUUACAUCCCUAGUCGCGACACUCAAGACAUCAGCCUUUCUUUGACUCCUUCUAGAGCGUGUGGCUUGCCGACUGCCGCCGCGUCUCGUAUCCCGCUACAGCAUUAG